GUCUUUAAGUUUCUUUAUUCAAAGGCAAAAGUGUUUGAAGUCUCACUGAGCGCAGUCAGGAGACGAGCCCUGAAGGACACAUCGUUAUAUAGUCACAGAGACGGAGACCCUCCCAGUCUGAUCUGACCUCUACUGCCAGAUGGACCAGAGACACGCUGACCCCUCCUCAUGAACUAUCUCACCUCUUGGAGGAGAUGAUUUUAUGGCAGGAAAGAGCUGAUAAGGAUUUCAGGAGGAACUUCUAACACUUCUUUGUCAGUUCAUGGGUUCAGCUCAACUACAUCCCACACAUCAGUCCUUUAAGACAAUCAUCAGAUCAGGCGUUUUACCCAAGACGUCUUCAGGUCUCUUCUGCCAUCACGGCUGUAGAAACAUCUAAACAUUAUCUGCAAACUUGUUUAAUGGACAAACACAUUUUGCAGAAAUACAAAAAGCAGAUAUAAUCAGUAAAUAAAUGGUAAAAAGUGUCAUCAGUUCCUUCAAGAAUGAAAUAAGACUGAAAAUGACAUUUUCUAUUUCACACUUGAGCUUAAAGUGUCACAGAAGAGCAGCAGACAAAUCAAAUGUUUGUUUCCAGAGUAAACAGGAAUCUGAGUCUGACAGGUAAUAAAACCUGACAGAAACAUUUUCAAUUAUUCAUCCUGGACUCAGCAGCAGCUGCUUCACUUCAGGAGGCAACAGCAAAACCUCCCUCAACAAGGUUUCUGGGUUUUUAGUUCAAUUAAUUAAAAAGCUGAAUUCACUAUUCAGAGUUAAUUAUUGUUCUGCUUUGCCUCCGUUUUCAAUAGAAAUGUGCAGCUUGAAUGUGAGAAAUUACAGAAUCUGUAAAAAAAACUUUCAUUUUCUCAACAAAUUGUGAUUUUAGGUGAAGCAAUGAACCGUGUUCUGUUUGGACCGCCAGGUCUCAGCCACCCGGGCCAUCAGAACCAGCGUUCAGAGACGAUCCAGGUCACAGAACCCUGGACUUCACCCAACAGUUAUCAUGCUUCCCACUUCCAGAUUUCUGCAGGAAUUGGAUUGACAUGAAGGCCCCGCCCACUUUACCAUGACCACGCCCACCGCAUGGUAACCCCGCCCACUUUUGAGGCAACUGCACUCUUCUCAAUGCCAAGACAACCAGGGCUGCAGUGCAAACGGGCCUUUACUGGUUCCUGUCCCUCUUCCUCAUCAUCCUCUUCCUCCUCAGCUGACUCUCCUUGUCUGCUAUGAAACACCAACAUUAACAAGCUUGAUAAAAUUUAACAAAGAAUUCAUGAAAAUCAACUUAAGGAAAUUGCUAAACACUCAUUAAUUGAAUUAUGGACUUAAAAUCUGCAUGCUAAGAAGAAUCUAAACACCCUGAAGUUUUUCUGUUGGCUCUGGAGAAACGUGGAUUUUUCUGGUCCUGAACUGAAGUUGGAUGAUGGAGUCAUGUGGCAGAGCUGCUGGGGUCGUCAGACCGACCCGGCAUCGCUGUGAAUCUGGGUAGUGAUGCUGUGGGCUGUGCUGCCGGGUCGCUCUCUGAUCUGAGCUCAUUCUCUGGCUGAACGUUUCCAACAUGGCCGAUAGUUUUAAUCCUCUUUCCUCUGAUGACGGGUCAACAUUUGGUUGCCUCGGGUCGGUCGCCGCAGCAACAUCAAAUAUCCUUGAUUUAUUGACACCAAGCUGGUUCUGUUGGUUCUGCAGAACCAGGAACCCACCGCUUGUUGUCCCAGCAGGAUUUCUGCUGUUGCCCGGGUUACAGAGACGACCUGGACUGAAGCUGAUGGAUGCUGAGAGCUGAGUUCGGGUCAGAACCAUCAGAAGGUUCUUCCCACUGGUGUUGGAUCUGAGUCUAGUCCUGGUCUCAUCGUUGGAGUGCAGCUGGUCAGAGCAACAUGCAGCGGCUGCAUGGCGGCAUCAGAUGGAGCUCAGCAUGAUGCUGCCACCACCAGUACAGCUGGUGGGUCUUUCUGAGCCUGUAGUUAGUUUUCUGUUGUUUGGGUUUCCUCCGGUGCUGAAGCUUCUUUCCAGCUGCAGCUCCGUCGCUGUCCUGGACUUCAGCCUCCAACUGGCUGAGACGGCGGAUGAAGGACGUUUCCUCCUCUCACGAUUUCUGUUCUUUCCUCCUCAAUAUUUUUCACAGUAAAUAAAAAUGUCUGUAAUAAAUCAGAUUCACUGUUUAAUAAACUGCACAUUAAUUUAAGGAUCUAAAUUCCCUGUUUUGUAUUUUCAGGGUUUCUCUGAUGCAAUCUGGGCUGAUUUCCUGUUCAACAUUCAGCAGAACCGUCAGAAUGUGGUGAAAACGGCUGUAGUGAUCAGAACCGACACGUUCAGACAAAACUGAAAUGUUAGAGAUUUAUUGUUCAUCUGCAGCUGUGAUCCACCCAGCAGGAAGCAGCAGAGGAUCCUGACUGAGCUAAAAUGGCUGCUUUCGUUCAGAGGCGGCCAUGUUUGAUGCUGGAGGGGAAAUAAGGCUUCACUGCUGCAAGUCGUCACCAUCAGGAAAAAUCCAGAAAAUAAAACCCUUCGUCCGAAACGCUGCUACGAGAGUCUGACGACUAUUAAAAACAGAGAUCAGGGAAGUCUGUCAACUCCAGGCCAGCAGUGUCACAGAUUCCCAUUCAAGGAUUUUGCCGCCGGGUCCAGGAUGAAUCAUGGAUCAUCUGGGAUCAUCUGACCAAUCAGCGGAUCCGGAAAUACCACAACACCUUCUAUCGUCAAAGAAAACUUCUGAAUUGGUUGGAGAUUCAGCCAAACAAUCUUCACUCUGAUAGAACUGGAUUAUUAUUUUAGUUUUUUCCCUUUCAUCAUCAGCAAGAACCCUUCUGGACUUCAUUAACUGGUCCGGCCGAGUCCCGUGGUGGCUCAUGAAGGCCCAGGUGGCCGUGGCGAUGGCCGUCAUCAGAAGCAGACCCCCCGGUGUGAGCAGCCGACAGCACAGCGAGGCUUUGGGCCGCACACUGAGGCGGCAGGACGGCGCGUGGCGGGAGCGGGCCCAGGCGCUACAGCAGGAGGUGCUGAGGCUGCAGCAGGAGCUGCUGGUCUCCAGGGCAACGGACAACACAAACCGCAGCUGGGAGACGGCAGACGGAGCCAUCAUGGAGGAUCUGUCUCAGGAUCUGUUUGGUCCAGGAAGUCCAGCUUUCAGUGCCGAUCCUCCCCCAGACCGUGACUCAGAGACUCCUGACCUCCUGCUGCAUUCCCCUCCUCCUCUUCCUCCUCCUCCCUCCAGACUCCAGAGCGAUCCCUGGAGCGACGCGCUGCUGCCUCACAUGCGGUUCCUUCAGUCUCUGUGUUCCCUGCAGCGCCUCGACGGCAGCAGCGCGGCUCUGGCCCCAGAGGGCCACGGCGACUCAGCGGCAUCAGAAACCGUCUUCCUGCUCUUGGACAGCGUGGCGGCGGCCUGCAGGGCCCCCCCGCCGCCGGGGCUCCCCGACUUGCUGCCCCAGGCCUGCCGGGUGGCGUCCCGGGCCUUGGACCUCCUGUGCUCCGGGCGGCCGUCCGCGGACCUGCGGAGACGCCUGGAGGAAGCGCUGAGGGAGCUGACCCGGACGCUGCUGCACAGCCAGCGGCCUGGCAGGGCUGCAGAGAAGCUGAAGGAGUCCCUGGUUGCUCUGGGGAGCAGCAGCGUAUCAAAGUCCUUCCUCGUCUGUCUCAUCCUGUCGGAGAUCGGCUCUCUGGCUGAGCAGCUCUGGCAGACCUCCCAGGUGCAGGAGAGCUCAGCGCUCCGGACCUUUCCCCUGGACCGGUACCAGAACUCCUGCCACCUGCUGUGGGUUCUGGAGAGGCUCCUGCCGGGUCCGGACCCGGCCCGGCGGAGGCCGGAGCUGGAGGCGGCCCAGACGGCCUUCCUGCAUCGCUUGGAGCUCCUCGUCUUCCUGCUGUGGGACGAGUUUCCUCUUUUCUCCGUCUUGAUGUGGCGCAUCGGAAAGCUGCUGGUUUAGAAAUGGAUUAAAUUCAUGAAUCUGC